AUGAGCAACUACAGCGUGUCUUUGGUCGGCCCGGCUCCUUGGGGUUUCAGACUUCAAGGAGGGAAGGAUUUCAACAUGCCUCUGUCUAUCUCUCGGCUUAAUGACGGUGGCAAGGCAGCCCGCGCACACGUGGGGAUAGGCGAUGUGGUUCUUACCAUUGAUGGGAUAAGUACGGACGGGAUGACUCAUCUAGAAGCACAAAACAAGAUCAAGGCGUGUACAGGCAAUUUGAACAUGACUCUGCAAAGAGUGGCUACUGUACAAAAACCUGAUCUUGUUCAUGUACCAAAGGGAGAACCUACAGAAGUAGUUAAGCCUGUGCCCAUUGCCUCUGCUGUCGCACCCAAAGUCACUGCCACGGCCAGCGUGGCUUACAAUAAAACACCAAGGCCGUUUGGAGCCGUAACCACCUCCAAAGUCACCUCCAUCCCAUCACCAUCCUCCGCCUUCACCCCGGCCCAGGCAGUGGCUCCAUCCCCGGCCCCGUUUGCUACGCCUGGACUGCAUGUUAACGCCAAGCCUAACGCUGAGCAGCCGUCACCCACCCCCAGCGCUGCUAAACCUGCAGUUAAUGUCCCACGGCAGCCCAAUGCCGGCGACAGCGCCCAGGAUGUAGCCGAGGGGCCGCGACGAGGAUUCAGAGAAAACCAGGGGGAGAUUAAACAGCAAAAUGGCCCCCCACGGAAGCACAUUGUGGAUACCUACACGGAGUUUUACCACACCCCCACCCACAGCGAUGCCAGCAAGAAGCGACUGAUCGAGGACACCGAGGACUGGCAUCCCCGCACAGGCACCACCCAGUCCCGCUCCUUCCGCAUCCUUGCCCAAAUCACCGGCACUGAUCAUAUGAAAGAACCAGAAAACGAAGGUGCAAAGAAGACUAAUGAUUCCGUGGAGGCUCCCCAGCCCACUGCUUUUACAUCUGCCUCGGCAAGGAGCAUGCCCAACCGCCAAGAAAAUGCGGCUGUGAGACCUGCUCCCGCCAGCACCGCGGCUGCUGCAGCCCCCAAGCCAACGGGACCCCCGGGCGCUGCCAAGUACUCAGGCUGGCAGCCUGCAAACCAAGGAGCUCCUACCAGUGGAUGGACAUCAAGCACUAUUAAACCACCUGGAAUAACUGCCAUGAGUGAAAAAAUUGCCACAGCACCUCAGCUAAAUGAGCAAGACACGCUGGUUCAGAGGGCAGAGCAUAUUCCAGCGGGAAAACGUACUCCCAUGUGUGCGCACUGCAAUCAAGUCAUUAGAGGACCCUUCUUGGUGGCUUUGGGGAAGUCCUGGCACCCAGAGGAGUUUAAUUGCGCUCACUGCAAAACCUCCAUGGCUUACAUUGGAUUUGUGGAAGAGAAAGGAGUGCUGUACUGCGAGGUCUGCUAUGAGAAGUUCUUUGCCCCUGAGUGUUCAAAGUGCCAGAGGAAGAUCCUUGGAGAAGUAAUAAAUGCCUUGAAACAAACUUGGCAUGUUUCCUGCUUUGUGUGUGUGGCCUGUCACAACCCCAUCCGCAAUAAUGUCUUCCACUUAGAAGACGGCGAUCCCUACUGUGAGACGGAUUACUAUGCCCUCUUUGGUACUAUGUGCCAUGGCUGUGAAUUCCCCAUCGAAGCUGGAGACAGGUUUCUUGAAGCCCUGGGCCACACUUGGCAUGACACUUGCUUUGUAUGCUCGGUGUGUAGUGACAGUUUGGAAGGUCAGACUUUCUUCUCCAAGAAGGACAAGCCACUGUGCAAGAAACAUGCUCACUCUAUCAACAUCUGAUGCUCGGAGCUCAUCUUGUGUAACAAAUGUACUGAGCAGAAAGAAAGGCUAAAAUGUGUAUUGUGUGUGUGUAUGUGUGUGUUCAAUGAUGGGUUAAAAUUAUUUAUAUAUGAUUUUCUAAAAAUUGAAGAGAAAUGUGGAAACUUGCAGGGGAGGCUGUAUGCUA